AUGUUGAACCCAGGCGCUCAGCCGUGGUACCCGUCAUGCGAUGGUGCGGUCAGCGUGCAGGUGCUGCCCGUACGUCGGCAGAAUGAUCCGUACCAACUUAGUGCAGUGCAGCGGCCGCCAACACCACUCUGCGGCGACGCGGAUCUCAGCACCAUUCAGAUAGACUCACUCAGUAGCGCUGUGCCCCCUGCAGCUCCCGUGGCCGCCGUGGCCGCCAUGGCCGCCGUGGCCGCUGCGCCCCCGAGGAAGGGACCGUACCGAAGCACGAUGCUUCUGGGGCAGGACAUCCCGGCGCUCUUCGAUUCGAGCCGGCAGCGGUCGUUGUGGAAUUCAAGUGGAUGGAUAGCCGGCUCGACGGCGGUGCAGCUGAGCUCAGCCACAAUCUCGUCGCUGGAUUCGCAGGGCGACUCACAGGAUGUCACCUUGGCGCUGGAGGACACGUACUGCAGGGCGGCCUCUCGCACGGUGAUCCCCAAGGUCUCCAUUCCCCUCCCACGCUCGCAGCGAUUUGCGAAGCUGCGCCCGGCAAAGCCUCCCGCCGGGGUGACAGCCGCUCCGCUCGAUGCUCCAGCGGCGUUGGCGACGACAAACCCAAACCCACGCAGAAGUAUAAAUACCGACUCAAAUACAACAAUAGCAACACCAACAACGUGUACGACGAACACGACUACAGCGACAACCAACACAACCACCGUGACCACGGAUGAGGAUGACAACGACAACCCCAAUAAUAUGGGUGCCACAUCCAACGAGGGCGGUGACACGUACUAUGAAACUGAGGACACCACGCAAAACACUUCGAAUGAGGUCACUUGCAACGGAAUACGUGCGGACAUUCUAAAGCCGCCGCUAGCUUCCCCACUGUCGGGGUCGGUAACGGUCGCCAGGAAGCCUAAACCAAAGACACGGCGGGAUGAUAAGUGGACGAUUGUGCAGGGGAAGUCAGGGACUGAUUUCGCGGCGGCGACAUUGCCGAGGAAGUCUGCGUCACUUGCACUCCCCGGUAGGGUGCGGGAAAAUGGAGCUGUUGUGCGACUUCCGGGCCAGCAACCGACUGAUCUAGGAAGGAGCAAGCAGCAACGUCAGCAGCAGCAACUGCAGCAUAGGGAAAAGGAGGACGAAAGCUCUGGAAAAGAUGAGGCGAUUAUUGAGUCCAAGACAAAGCGUCCGCGAGAUUUACGCCGUGCGAAAAGUGUCAGCAGCGAUGAGGAAUUACUGGAGGGUUUGGUGAUUGGUGUGACACCCGCUGCUGCAGCAGAAGCGGCAGCAGUGAUGGUGCCCUCAGCCAAUGGUGGUGCGCCUCCUGCCGCCGUCGAAGGGUCCCUCACACCAUUUGCCGUCAUGGGGAUUCCGCUUGUGGGCAUUGCGCAGAGUGAGCAACUUUUGCCCGCCUCGCCAGUGAGCACGCGGCAAAGCAAUGCCUACCGAACGUUUCUUCGUUCGUUGGCUGUCUUCGAGACGUCAAACGUGAAGAUGCUCCUCUUGCAGCGUGCGCUGCGGCAGUUGCCGGAGGCUGGAUGCCAUCAAUGCCCCGCAUUGGUUUGUGCGAUUCUGCUCGAGACGAGUGACAGCUGCGUUGACGUGGAGAAGAGCCUGCAUACAUGUUACAAGGCUCUUCAGCUCGCGGAGGAGGAAAAACUUGAGUUGUUUGAAAUGCUUUCUCGUCUCGCCAUAACGAGGACCUUUGCGCGCGUCAUUGACACCGUGGAUGCCCGGGUCAACUUGGCACGCGCGGCAACGAUCGCCAUUGCCAAGAAUGAAAAGCCCGCACUUGGCUGGAUUGCGAUGCAGAUGGGCGUAACCCUCGAAAUUACCGGUCUGUUUCCUGAGUCUCUCGCCUGGUACGAGGUGGCGGAGCGUCUUGCCCGGGUUACAGAACAGCCCCAAUUGCUGUGCGACAUUUACUGCUGCCAGAGUAUUGCCUUCUCCGCCGUUGCCGAGACAGAGCGAGCGAAUCGGGCCUAUGAGGCCUCACGUGCGCUGCUUCCACUCAUUCCGCGACACCGUCACCAGCGGCCGUUGCAAAACUAUGCCCAGCUAAAAUGUCAGUUGGGGGACAUGUCAGCCGCCUUGAAGUUGCAGGAGACCGAGCUCGAGAUUGCCAAGGAAUACGGAGACACGCAGGCGAUAUCGCGCUGCACGGGCGCCAUUGCCUUGACAAAACGCUUUCUCUGCCGCUAUGAUGAGGCCGCCGAAAACUACAUGGAAGAACUCGCUGUAUAUAACACCCAAGACCCUCGACAGAGGAUUGAGUCUCUCACAGGUGCGGCGGUAUGCUGGCGACUGGGUGGCCACUUGCAUAAAGCGUACGAUUAUUGCGUGCGGGCACUACGACAAGCACAACUAUGCCAAGAUUUAACAACCCUUGCGAAGGCGUUGGUGGAGUUAGCUGAGGCCGAGUUAAGCCUAAACAUUUUGGACAAGGCAGAACAGCACCUGAAGGAGUCCUUAGCCACUGUCGCGCGUGUAGAUGAGACGGAACAAAAACAGUACCUAGUGAAGGCGGCUCUUUGUGAGGUGGAGUGGCGUUGCUGCAGUAUUUUGGAGCAGGUGCACUUCCGCAAGGACGAUGUAUUUGCGGCCCUUCAAUACUCAGAUCGGUGCCACGUCCCAAACACGGUUCAUGUGGCUCGUUUGCUCCUGCGUCAGCAAAGGCGGGCCGGAGUGGUAUUAGAGAAAAAAGACGCGGAACUUGUCAGCAUAAGUGCCGUUGAAGGACUUUUAAAGACUCCUGCAAUGCUGGGAUGGCGAAUCGUCUGCUACUCGCUUCCCUGGAAUGAGGGGUUGGACUUCAUGGCGUACGUUCUCGGUCUGGACGAGGACGGGAACCUGACCUGCGUGGGCCUUCCUCUGCGUCUGCGGGAAGAGUUAAUUGCUUUGAUGUGCACUCCCACUGCCCUUUCAAAGGUCCUGGAUGCGCCGAUGUACACGGAGGACGGGGUGCGGCUCUACGGUGACACCCCGCUCUGGCCGCAGCUCUACUCAAAGGUCGCGUUUGACUUUUAUCAGUCGCCAGCGAAUGCGGAGCGUGUGAAGGCACUUGAAACUGAUGCACUUUACUGCCUGAAACUUUUACAUGAAAGUUUUAUUGCGCCCUUAGAUACACACCUGGGCGACGCCUCUGGGCUGAUGUUUGUGGGCGACGGCGUUUUCAGUCGUCUGCCUUUUCACGCCUUUUACGAUGGGCGGCAAUACCUCACAGAGCGCUUCUGCACGAGCACGUGUUGCUCCAUGGCGCUGCUGUGCACGCACUUUGUCGACGCGAUGGCGAUGGCGCGGUUGGGGGAGGCGAAGGGGGUCAGGCGAUGCACCGUCAUCGACGCCGCCGCCCACACGAGCGUGUUGCUGGACGCGUAUCUUGCCAAGGCAGCCGCAGCGGGCAUCUGCGUGCGUCGCACGGUGAUAGACGGGGACGGCACAGGGGGGACGACUGCGGACACGGCGCGCGACGAGCAGCAGGGCGAAGAGGCCAGAAGGGUUGUUGGCGAUGCGCAGGGCGACACUGGUGGAGCUGAAAAGGAGGAGGCGCCGUUGGAGGAUGCGGAUGUCGCCGCGACGCAGCGACUACUUGUUGGCCUGCACCGCCGCGAAAAGGUACGAGGCGUCCGCAACGCCCUCUACCGUGCCGUGCAUGAAGAGGCCGCGGUGGGUGGCGUACUUGAGCUGAGGCUGCGGGCGAUGCCAGAGGUGCGGGAGGACUACUGCGGCAUGUUCUUUGGUGCCUCAAGUGACGUUAUUGCGAGCCAGUCAAGCGAAAUCGCCAACACAUGGGACCUGCGCCCCUACGCACUCGUCGUAUGCACCGGGGUUGGGACGUACAGCGGGAUGUCCAUUCAUGAGACUGGCAUCCCCGUGUACCGCGCGCUGCAGUACGCGGGGGCGCACCGCAUGCUGAUGGCGGUCAACAACCGUAUACCGAGGAACGAUUGCGUCGCGGUGGCGGCGGUAACAGCUGCCAUGGGCAUCGCGGCGGAGGGGCGCAGCAUCGCUGCAUGUGUGCGUGACGCAUACCUGCAAUGCAUUACCGACCUCACCCCGCUGGGGGAGUGGGCAGCCUUUUCACUAGUCGGGCUGCCCUGA